UCCCAUCGCACCGCAGCAUAAGCACGCGCGCCCUGUGGACUCCCAGGUCACACACCACUCCUGCCCCCCCUCCCCCGAUCUCCGCCCCGAUCCCGCACCAGCGCAGCAGCAAGUCAUGGCGACCGCGUACAACCUGAGGUCCCGCGACGAGCCGGACGACUUCGACGAGUUCGACUCCACGCCCUACGGCGGCGGCUACGACCUCUUCGUCACCUUCGGCCGCCCGCUCCCGCCCUCCGACGAGACCUGCUACCCCUGCUCCGCCCCCUCCACCUCCUACGACGCGCCCCACUACGCCGCCGAGGAGCCCUCCCCCUACGCCCACCACCAGAAGCCCCAGCCCGCCUACGGCUUCCGCCCCCAGAACGAGCAGCCCUCCUACGGCCGCGAGGACGACGACUCCGGCUACGGAUCCAAGCCCAAGCCCCAGCCCGCAUACGGCUUCCGCCCCCAGGCGGAGGAGCAGCGCCCGUCCUACGGCGGCGGGGGCGAGGAGGACGACUCCGGCUACGGAUCCAAGCCGCAGCCGGCCUACGGCUUCCGCCCCCAGCAGGAGGAGCAGCCGGCCUACGGCUCCGGCUACGGGUCCAAGCCCCAGCGCUCCGAGGAGGACACCUACGGAUCCGGCUACGGCCGGAAGCCGCAGCAGCAGGAGGAGCCCGCCUACGGGUCCGGGUACGGCUCCGGCUACGGGAGGAAGCCGCAGGCCGAGGAGAGCUACGGAUCUGGGUACGGGAACGCGACGCAGCCGGAGGAGGGCUACGGCUCCGGAUACGGGUCCAAGCCGCAGGUGGAGCAGACCUACGGCGGAUCCGAGUAUGGCUCUGGGUACGGAAGGAAGCCGCAGGUGGAGGAGAGCUAUGGGUCGGGGUACGGAAGCAGGCCCCAGGGAGGGGGAGAGGAGUACGGUAGCGCUGGGUAUGGCGGGAGGAAGACUGAGGAGGAGGGCUAUGGUGGUUCUGGGUAUGGAUCUGGCAGGAAGGUGCAAGGCGAGGAUGAAGGUGCCUAUGGGUCUGGUGGGUACCAGAAGCCCAAGCCGUAUGGAGAGGAGACCCAGGGUUCAUAUGGUGGUGGGUAUGGCCAGGGGAACUAUGGCCGCAAGAAGCAGGAUGACGACUCUGAUGAUGAGAAGAAGAACCGUUACGCGAAGCGCGAUGACUCUGAUGAUGAGAAGAAGGAACGUUACGAGAAGCACCACCACCAUCGCCGCCACAACUACGAUGACUAAGCAUCCAGCAUGGUCUUGACCUGCUGCCAUCGGCCCCACAUCUCGCUACUACACGAAUAAAGAUUGGUCUUGUUUCCCUUGUUGGUGCUGGAUCAUUCCCCUCUUUUAUGAACUUGUAUGACUGCAACCUAAAGUGUGUUAUGUGGGUGGUUUAUAUGUUUGAACUAUCUCCUAUCUGUGUGCUUGAGGUUAUGUGUUUAUGUACGUGGUUUGCUGUGUC